CGGCCUCGGCAAUCGCCUUCCAGUUGUUCUCUGGCCACUUCCGCCAUAUAAGCCUGCCUGGCCUUGCUCGUCUUGCUCCUCCAUCCUGAGUCUGCUGUCGCCCCAGCCGUCUGCUCCCGCUCCAUCCGCACCUGUCUCUGCCGCCAUGCUGUCCUCUGCCUCCAAGAAGAACGAAGCCACCAACGUCGGCAUUGUCGCCAUCGAGUUCUACUUCCCCAAGAAGUUUGUUGACCAGGCCGAGCUCGAGCAGUUCGAUGGCGUCAGCGCCGGCAAGUAUACCAUCGGUCUUGGACAGACCCGCAUGGCCGUUUGCGAUGAUCGCGAGGACAUCCACUCUCUGGCUCUCACCGCCGUCCAGAACUUGAUGGAAAAGUACAACAUUGCCUACACCGACGUCGGCCGCAUCGAGGUCGGCACCGAGACCAUCAUCGACAAGUCAAAGUCCGUCAAGUCCGUCCUCAUGACCCUCUUUGAGGAGUCUGGCAACACCGACAUCGAGGGCAUCGACACCACCAACGCCUGCUACGGCGGCACCAACGCCCUCUUCAACUCGAUCAACUGGAUCGAGUCCUCUGCCUGGGACGGCCGCUACGCCCUCGUUAUCGCCGGCGACAUUGCCGUCUACGCUUCCGGCAACGCUCGUCCCACCGGCGGUGCUGGUGUGGCCGCCAUCCUCCUUGGCAAGGACGCUCCCAUUGUCUUCGAUGCCGGUGUCCGUGCCACGCACAUGCGCCACGUCUACGAUUUUUAUAAGGCCGAUCUCCACUCCGAGUUCCCCCAGGUCGACGGCCCGCUCUCCAACACCUGCUACAUCAGCGCCGUCGACACUUGCUACCAGCGCUACCUCAACAAGCUGCAAAAGUUCGACUCGGCCCUCCCCGCCCCCACCCUCGACGACAUUGACUUUUUCCUCUUCCAUUCGCCCUACACCAAGCUCGUCCAAAAGUCCUUUGGCCGUCUCGCCUACAACGACUUUUUGCGCGAUCCCGAGAACCCCAAGUACGCCGACUAUGCCCGCUUCAAGGACGAGUCCGUCGAGGGCUCCUACACCAACCGCGACCUCGAGAAGGCCUUUGUCGAGUUCACCAAGGCCAGCUACGCCAAGAAGGUUGUCCCGUCGCUGCUGCUGUCCAAGAACCUCGGCAACAGCUACUGCGGCUCCCUCUACAGUGGUCUUGCCAGCUUGCUGUCGGAAGUGCCCUCGGAGCAGCUGCAAAACAAGCGUGUCGUCCUGUUCUCGUACGGCUCUGGUCUGGCCUCCUCCAUGUUCUCCUUCACCGUCCGCGGCUCCACCGAGGUGAUUGCCGAGAAGCUCUCUCUCAAGAGCAGACUCGAGGCCCGCACCAAGAUCUCGCCCCAGCGCUUCGACGAGGUCAUGGCCCUUCGCGAAAAGGUCCACAACGUCAAGGACUACGAUCCCAUCGGCCCUGUUGACGAGGAGAACUUCUUCCCUGGAUCCUUCUACCUCGAGCGGAUCGACGAGAAGUUCCGCCGUGCCUAUGGCCGCACCCCCACUGCCUAAGCGCCGUCGGACCUGCCAGACCCCGGCCGACCGACUCCUGGACAUGGCCUGUCCGCUGCGCCGCACUUCCCUGUAUCCCAGCACACUCUCACCAUCAUGACCCCUUGUAUUCCUCGUUUCUGGGCGCUCUCGCUUGCCGCCCGGUGGUUGCUCCUUUGCGCUUUGUCGGCUCCUCCCCUCGAACCCUGCCCUUCUGUCCUCGCCCUCGACACACAUACGCACACUGGCUUUGCUUCAUAGAUCCUGCCUGCCUUCUGUGCUCCUCCGCCCCAGAGCCCGGCUGCGCAGGUCCGAGAUUCGAUCAAGCUCCUUUGCACACGUUUCUUUGGCUUUGCUUGCUAUUCCCAUCCCCGUCCGUAAUGCGCGGCAACUGCAUUUCCUCGCUCGGCCCCCAUGUAUAAAGUUUUUGUUCACAGAUA